CUUGCAUUCUAUAUUACUACAAACUGGUAGUACUAGAUCUCAUUUCCUUGUCGCCUUUUCACACUUUAAACGACAAAAAAAUGUCUCGUCGUUUCUUUCUUCUUCUCUCUCUCGUCACUCUCCUUCUCUUCUCUACACUCUCUACCUCUCUCUCCAAAUCUGAAAACGACAACAAAAGCAACAAAAACGACGACGACGACGAUGAAGAUCUCAGCUUCCUCGAAGAAGAAGACACCACCGACAACAAAAACGGCGCCGCAUCUCACCUCCAAUACCCCGAUUCCGACCAAUUCGACGAAGACGACAUCGACAACGACGACGACUUCGAAAACUACUCAGAUUUUGACGAAUCAGAUGAUUCCUUCAAGGAGCCACAAAUCGACGACAAAGACGUCGUCGUUUUGAAGGAGAGGAAUUUCACCGACGUGAUCGAGAAUAAUAAGUUCGUGAUGGUUGAAUUCUACGCGCCAUGGUGCGGUCAUUGUCAAUCUUUAGCUCCGGAAUAUGCGGCGGCAGCUACUGAAUUGAAAGGCGAAGAUGUCGUGUUGGCGAAAGUUGACGGAACUGAACAGAGCGAGCUGGCACAAGAGUAUGAUAUUCAAGGGUUUCCUACUGUGUAUUUCUUUGUUGAUGGGGUCCACAAGCCAUAUCCUGGUCAACGCACAAAGGAAGCUAUAGUGACGUGGAUAAAGAAGAAAAUUGGACCUGGAAUUUCUAAUCUUACUACAUUGGAUGAUGCUGAACGUGCUUUGACUUCUGAUAGUAAACUUGUUCUUGGUUACCUCAAUUCUUUAGUGGGUCCUGAAAGUGAGGAGCUUGCUGCUGCAUCAAGACUAGAAGAUGAUGUCACUUUCUACCAAACUGUAAACGCUGGCGUGGCAAAGCUUUUCCACCUUGACUCUGAAGUUAAACGUCCUGCUCUGGUCAUGAUUAAGAAGGAAGCCGAGAAAAUCGGUUAUUUUGAUGGUAACUUUUCCAAGUCUGCGAUAGUGGAUUUCGUAUUUGCCAACAAGCUUCCUUUGGUGACAGUUUUUACAAGAGAAAACGCCCCUUCAGUUUUUGAGAGUCCAAUUAAGAAACAGAUGCUUCUGUUUGCUACUUCAAAUGAUUCAGAGAGAGUUUUCCCAAUAUUUCAAGAAUCUGCUAAACUGUUCAAGGGGAAGCUUAUCUUUGUAUUUGUUGAAUUGGAUAAUGAAGAAGUUGGGAAGCCUGUAGCAGAUUAUUUUGGUAUUGCUGGAGAAGCUCCCCAACUUCUUGGCUACACGGGAAAUGAUGAUGGGAAGAAAUUUGUAUUCGACAAGGAAAUUACCAUGGAUAACAUUAAGGCCUUUGGAGAGGAUUUUAUUGAAGAUAAGCUUAAGCCUUUUUUCAAGUCGGACCCAAUUCCUGAAACAAAUGACGGGGAUGUCAAAAUAGUAGUUGGGAAUAACUUUGAUGAAAUUGUCCUGGAUGAAUCCAAGGAUGUUCUCCUUGAGAUUUAUGCACCAUGGUGUGGACAUUGCCAAGCUUUGGAGCCAACAUAUAACAAGCUUGCCAAACAUUUACGUGACAUUGAAUCUCUUGUUAUAGCCAAGAUGGACGGCACAACAAAUGAGCAUCCUAGAGCAAAGUCCGAUGGAUUCCCAACCCUCGUCUUCUUCCCUGCUGGAAACAAGAGUUUUGAUCCGAUCACUGUAGACGUUGAUCGCACUGUUGUAGCAUUUUACAAGUUCAUCAAGAAACACGCAUCGAUUCCAUUCAAGCUUCAGAAACCAGCUUCUACUCCAAAAUCCGAGAGUUCUGAUGCAAAAGAGAGCUCCGAAUCGCAGAGCACCACUGAGGAUGUUAAGGACGAAUUGUGAGGAACAUAGGAUUUAUAUCUUUUCAAGUACUUUGCUAAUUUAUGCGUCAGAAAACUAGGCUAGAUCAAUAGCGUCAGAAGGAAAUAGAAAGCAGAGAGGGAGAAAAUUAUAUCCCAAUUGAGCUGAGAGAUAUUUGAGCCCAAAAAGGGAAAAAAAAUUACAAAAUCGAAAAAAAUGCAGAAAAACGUUAUUUAUAAGCUGCGGUAUUCAAGUUUUGUAUCUUUGUUAGAAAAUUUUCUGUUUAAUAAAAUCAUCGUUCCUGACUA